AGAAAGCAGAAAUGGACGAAUUACGGUCGACAAGAGUGUCAUUAGAAGCAAUCAACUCUCUCACCAAGGGUAUUCUCAAGGAUGUGAAAACAUCUGUGAGCAAUCAGCACGCAAUAGGUGGUAUGUACAGAGACCGAGAAUACCAGUGGACGAUACUAACAGGUAUAGCUGACAUCAAAGGAAUUCAGAGCAUUGUCAACCGAAUCCCCAAAUAAGUCUUGAUCAUCUAAAGUAUCCCCA